ACAGCAAAGUGUGCUUUUACUUCCAACGCGUUCUGUGACGUUUCACAAUAAGGAUUUUAUUUUGAAAGCAAUUGUAGGAAGCCAUAAUGUGUAAUAUAUCUAGCUUCCUGUCAAGUGCUCAAUUGUGAUUUUUGAGCGCGGGAAGCAUUAUGGGGAGAGUAAAGUGAACUUAAACAGCUUGUGUUUACCAAAGUAGUUUCUUUUAACGUUACAGUCUGACCAGUGUUACCAGUUUAACCGUAGGUUAUGGAUACAGUGGUGAAUCUAAGUAACCGUGGAAAACUUAGCAUUAGCAUUUGCUCUUGCUAGGCACUCAGUAAUAGCUAACGUAACAAGUGACUGUCUCUCAGGUCUCAGGUAGGCGACAACUUCAGACUUACAGACACAAAAAAGUGUAAAGUAACGUUUGUUAAUUUGUUGGCAAAUUCUUAAAAGUGUGUUGGUUACGUGUGGCUGCAUCCUCAAUGGAGUACACCAUUGGAGGGGUGAAGAUCCACUUCCCCUGUAAGGCUUACCCAUCCCAGCUGGCCAUGAUGAAUUCAAUCGUACGAGGGCUGAACUAUGGGCAGCACUGUUUGCUGGAGAGUCCCACAGGAAGUGGAAAGAGCUUGGCCUUGCUCUGCUCGGCUCUGGGCUGGCAGCAGGCUCAGAUGGCUAAACUGCAAGAAGGAGGAAGCCUUGUGGAUGACAAGAGCCAGUCAGAUAAAAACUGUGGAGAGUAUAAGAAGUCAGAUGUCACCAGCCCCUGUCAGUGUAUGUGCCACAGCAAAACCAGCAGGACCACAGCUACAGCAGCAGCCGAACCUGCUUUUGUGGACCUCACUGGGUCACCCUGCAAAGAGACUGCACAGCCGCCGCCUCCAGCACCUGAACAUAUGCCGUUGCCAGAGGAGCCGCAGCCCAAGAAACAGUCUAUAGCCUCUCGUCUGUCUGAGAAGUUCCAGUCUUCCCUCAGUUCUGCCCGUGAGAAAGAUGACGACUUCCAGCCAGAUAGGAAACGCAUUCGCACUGCUGAGCACAAGAGCCGUAAAAGGCAGCGUCUGGAGCAGGGAGUGAUAUUCAUAGAUGAUGAGCCGGAGCUGGAAAAUGAGCCUUCGGGACCUCAGAGUUUGACCACAGAGCCAAACAGCCAGGCAGCUGUUAUGUCCUCAUCAAGCUGCUCCCCUGAACCCUGCUCCCAGUGCCUGUGUGCUUCGACCAAACACGGUGUGAAGGACAAAGAGAAAGAUGGCAAAAAGAAGAUUCCUAAGAUCUUCUUUGGCACUCGCACACAUAAACAGAUAACUCAGAUCGCCCACGAGCUGAAGCGCACUGUUUACUCCAGAGUGCCCAUGACCAUCUUAUCCAGCAGAGAUCACACCUGUGUCAACCUGGAGGUGGCGCCUCACUCCAACCGCAAUGAACGCUGCAAGGAACUGCUGGAGUCCAAAGAUGGCCGGUCAUGCCGCUACUACCAUGGUGUCCAGAGGAUGCGGGACCAGAACAUGCUACAGCGGGUCCACGGACUCCAUGAAGCCUGGGACAUCGAAGACCUGGUCGCACUGGGCAAACGACUCCGGUCAUGCUCCUACUAUGCUGCCCGUGAACUUAUGCAGGACGCUUCCAUCAUCUUCUGCCCAUAUAACUACCUGCUGGACCCAAUGAUCAGAGAGAGUAUGGAGAUCGACCUGGCAGGCCAGAUCUUGGUGCUGGACGAGGCCCACAACAUCGAGGACUGUGCAAGGGAGAGUGCCAGCUUUACAUUAAACCUCAACAGUCUGCUGAUGGCUAGGGACGAGCUCGAUGCCAUGGUCAACAACAACAUCAGACGCUCCAAACACGAGCCACUCAGGAACUUCUGCUAUAGCCUGAUCAACUGGAUCCAGGAGAGCCAAAGCAUGAUGUCUGAACGGGGAUAUGAGAGUGCCUGUAAAGUCUGGAGUGGGAAGGAUGUACUGCCCAUCUUUCACAGCCUGGGCAUCACUGCUGACACUUUCAGCAUUUUGAAGCAAAACUUAGCAGCAGUGUUGGAGAAAGAAGACAGUGUUGGUUUGGUUAAUGGUAAAGAGGAUAUGGUGCAGGUCCCAACCAUCAGCUCAGCUACCUCCGCUGUCCUCAAAAGCCUCUUCAUGGUGCUGGACUUCCUCUACAGGGACAACUCCAGGUUUGCUGAAGACUACCGGGUAGCUCUGCAGAAGAGCUAUGCUUGGACGAACCAGGUCUCACCUGAUGUCCCUGAUGCCCAGGGCUUUUUUGUUCGGCCACGCCACAGACAACGCCAGAGCAUCCGAGUCAAGACAGAAGUCCUGACACUCAGUUUCUGGUGCCUCAAUCCUGCUGUGGCCUUCUCUGACUUGAGUGGCUCAGUGCACAGUAUUGUGCUGACAUCAGGGACCUUGUCACCCAUGGGCUCCUUCUCCUCUGAACUUGGGGUCAAAUUCUCUAUCCAGCUGGAAGCCAACCAUGUUAUCAGCAAGUCCCAGGUUUGGGUGGGCACUGUUGGUGCAGGACCCCAAGGCAGAAAACUCUGUGCCACCUUCCAACAUGCCGAAACGUAUGCCUUCCAGGACGAGGUGGGUGCGCUGCUGCUCCAUGUCUGCCAGGUCGUGGCCAAGGGUGUGCUCUGCUUUUUGCCUUCUUACAAGAUGCUAGACAAGCUGAGAGACCGGUGGACUAACACUGGUCUCUGGGAGAAACUAGAACAACAGAAAAUUGUGAUCACAGAGCCCCGUGGUGGUGGCAAGGGGGAUUUUGACGAACUGCUUCAGACUUACUACGAUGCCAUCAAAUACUGUGAGGAAAGAGAUGGUGCACUGCUGAUUGCUGUCUGUAGGGGUAAAGUCAGUGAAGGACUAGACUUCACAGAUGACAAUGCCAGGGCAGUGGUCACCAUUGGAAUUCCCUUUCCAAACAUCAAAGACCUGCAGGUGGAACUGAAGAUGAAGUACAAUGACCAGCACUGCAAGUCCAGAGGUCUUCUCCCAGGCCAUCGUUGGUACGAGAUUCAGGCCUACAGAGCUCUAAACCAGGCCCUGGGAAGGUGCAUCCGCCACAGGAAUGACUGGGGUGCCCUUAUUCUAGUAGAUGACCGUUACCGGAAUAAUCCCAAUAAGUACAUCACAGGUCUCUCUAAAUGGGUCCGCCAGCUCGUCCAGCAUCAUGACACCUUCAGCAAUGCCAUGCAGUCUCUGGUAGCAUUCUCUCAGGUGCAACAGAAGGUGGAGGUGGCCCCUGUAGACAGCCAGACCCUCAGCUCUACUGUCUCAUCUACAAACAGUCACUUGCCAGUAACUGUAGAGGAACGGGGUCUGCCCAAGGCCUCAGAACCACAGACACCCCGCUCAUUUGUCAAACCACCUGAACCCCAACAGGACACAAGCCCCUCAACCUUCAGUUUUAUUUCUGAUAUACAGUUGAAAGCUGAUCUACAUGAAAAAGCAGAAUGUUUGAAGACGAUGCACAGUCCCCCAACAGAGCCCAUAUUGCAUCAAAAAAAACCAGGGCAGCCUCUGUACCACAUUUUCACCUCCAGCCCCGUCAGCACCUGCUUCAAGAAGCCAAUCUUUACAGCGCCCAGUAAUUCCAGCCAGCACUUGGAAACAUCUAAUCAUUCUGAGCUCAAGGAGAAACAGCAGAUCUCCUCCCCACAAAAGAAGACUGAGGCGGCUUGUCUUAAACAAGAGGCUGGAGACAGUGCCAAUGAAAUCAAAGUGGAACCACACAAUCUGGCUCUGAAGCCUUCUACAGUAACAACAGCUCCCAGCUGUGAACGUGAACCACCCUCAGCAGACAAUCCAGAUGAAGACGAAGAGGACGAGGACCAGACUGUCUUCUUUACUCCAGAACUUUUUGAGGACGAAGGCAGCCCACAGAAAGAGACAAAGACCAAGUCACCUCCCAGGAUGGUUUUAGGGGCAGAGAGCCUUGCCCUGCUGUCAGAAGAACCUUUUGGCUUUGAGCAGGCCCAAGGGCAAGCCUCUGCUUUUGAUGGACAGAGUGCUAUUUCAGUCAGUAAGGACAACACACAGCUGUCACAGGGACAGAAAAAAGAAAUCAGAGGACAGAAGCAAGGUGAGGAGGAAGAGCAGGUGGAAAAUCAGAGCAGGCUGACAGGCAGUAGGCCUUGCAGGCUGUCCAGGUCCAGGCAGAAAGCUCCCUCCACUCCAACAGGCCCUCCAGUGAUCCAUUCCCUCUCUGGGAAUCUCCAGUACCACGGCGAGAUCAAAAGGAGCGCUGGUGGGGAUGAUGAAGCGCUACAACCUAGCAGACUCGGACUAUUGUGGGCGCCGGAUUCCUCUUAUCAACCCGCCGCUGCUCUCUUGACGGGCUGUGUAUAAAGAGGGAGAGUGAGGGAAGAUCUGCGCUGGGUGCUUUGAAGAGGGAGGAUUACGCCUGGACAGUGACACUCACAAUAACAAGUCUACCAGGCUCAGCUAGGUGCUGCAUGGGAGUGGACUGAGCAAGUUUCAGCUCAGAGUGUUGGGAGAAUGUGGGAUCCCCUGCAUGACGGCCUGGCUGCUCUGCAUCUGUACCUCCUCCCCUGCCACCUCUGCACUGACCCUCCACACAUGUUACAACAGUGGGUCCCAAACUCUUUUUAAAACAGGACACCCGUUUUUUAUCUUUUUUUUUUCUUUUUACAGUGACAAAUAUUUCCGUUGCUUGCUCUGACAUUUGCUACUUCUGACUACUGUGCAUCACAAACUCACAAGCAAGUGUGUUGUGUUAGUAUGACAACUGGCAAGCAUGAACUAUUGUCACCAACUGCAUCAUAACCACAUAUUUAGUAGGGUUUUAAUAUGGUGAUAUCUAUGCUUAUUCCCUUUUUCUUGAACACACCUUGGCACCAACUUUAAGAACCGCAGUGUUAAAGUAUAGAGCCUACGAACUGAAGGGCACUCCAUCUCGCCUGACAUGGGAACACAACUCCAUCCCCUGGUGAUAAGCUUACAGUAUGCCUUUGCCUUUUAAUUGGUACCAUCCAAACAAACCAUCGUGGUGCUAUAAAGAGCUUCAUUUUUUCAAGUAGAAUCAUCUUUGAUUGUUGCAUAUUUAGCUUUAACAGUUUAUUGUGACAAAACAGAAAGGUUUCAUACAUAGUUCCUACUUGUGCAUAUGUUUUAGAAUAUAUUGAAUAAACACGUGCACACUUGUCAUGCCCAAAUGCUCCCUCUUUAAUACUACAAAACCUACAUUUUAGUUGGUCUUGAAGAUUUCAACUGUUUAUCUAAAUGUUUUAAUCUAUAGCUUGUGACAGGAAGUGCACCUCAUUAAUUCUCAAGAAUUUGUCAGUGCUCAUGGGUUCCAAUCUGUUAGAAGUCUAGAAGUUUGUUAGGACUUUUGAUGUGUUUUUAAAUUAAUCUUUGUGUCCAAGUACUUUUAAACUCCUCAAAAACACAUUCCACAUGCACAACAGUCAGCAGCAUUUUAGCUGCUUUAAGGCAAGGCUGAAAACAUGAAACAGAAGUAAAACUGACUGCUUUUAAACUGACUGUCAAUUUAUCAUGUAAUGUUUAAAAUGGUACACAUAACACUUUUAAACAUUUUGACAUGACACAACCCCUCACUCUCACAGGCUUUCUGCUCACAUCAAACUCAACACCCUGCAGAUCCACGCUGCCACUUCUUCCUGGCCAUCGCUCUACCCUGUAUUCACUCUUUCCCCUUGACCUUUGACCUUUCAGUUCCACAUAGAAUAUCAUAGUCACUCACUAUCUUCUACUGUACACUGAAGACUUUGUAAGAGAUACCCUGCAUCACCUUCUCCCUUUUGGGUUGUUUUUACAAUCUGGGUCUUAUUAUACUUUUACUAAGAUACUGAAUGUGACACAUUGUCAUUGCUAGCCACAGCUGUACAGUGGAACGUCCUGGACCAUUGGACCAAAGAUCAGAAAGUUUUUAAAUAGGUACCAUAUUAUCUAAGCCUUUGAUUUUGGCCACCUAAGUGGGGAUCCGGACCCCCAAGACGUCACAAAAUAAAUUAUAAAGGCUCCAAGAUUAUUGACAGCAUAGGCAAGAGGACACAUUUCUGCCACAAAAUAAUUUUUGUCCGGAUUUUUCUCCAAUCUUUGCUUUUUCGUGUAAAGUACUGGAUGGGUUCACUUCUACAGUCCUAAAAUAUUCAAUUGAAACGAUCUGAGAAGGAGAAAAAUCUCUUUGGUUAAACUACGUACAACUCAAAGACAAAUCCAGCCUAUGGUGAGGGGCCGCAAAUGGACAUUGCCUCGAUUGAAAGAAUCACAAGCCAAAAAGGCUGGGAACGACAGAGCUAAAUCACUUGUUUGUAAAUCUGUCUCUAGCAGUGUUGUUUCAUCCCCAUGUCUAAGAAGAUUAGCUGUUGAGUAAAAUGUUAUCAUAAGCAAUGGGACUGAUGGCCAGAACUACAGAAAUAAGCCCCGGCGUAACCUGCUCUCUCUGCUGCUUGUUGGCUCUGAGCUGCGGCCUUUACACUGGAGGCAGUUUUAAACUGACCAAUCAGACAUGCCAGAGGAAAUGUGCAGUAUGGUGAUAUUAUAUGGGAUGUGAGACAAAGGGACAUAAUUCUGUGCAGCGGGAUGUCUGGUAACCCUACAUGUGUUCACGAUGUACAAUCAGUCAUUAAAGUGUACAAACAAAUUAGGAUACAGGCCCAUUGUCCCGCUGACAAUACUCAGAUCUCACAACCUACUGGUGUCUGCCUAUUUAAUUAUAUGUAUCUCUUUUAUUAAAGGAGGACAGUUGUAAGACUGAGAUGCUAACAUGAGUUUUGUGGCUAGCUAAUACAGUAGCUUACGGCCACAAAGCCACGCAACAGUCACGCUCCAAGAAAUCAUUGUGCUGUUGCAGCUUGGUAGAAAACAGUUAAACAUCUAACACCUGUUUGCCGAUGCAUGAAACUAAUGCUUUGGUAGAAUGCAAUAUCCAGUGAUGUAGUCCUACAGACCUUCCAAAAAAACAAGUCUGACACCAGUGUUGUUUGAUUAAAGAUUUUAAGGUUUGGCUGACAAUGGCUCUUGUUUUCCCCCCAGAUAUGUGACUCCCUUAUCAAGCAGAACGCCUCUUCAUAUCGUUCAUUGUCAUACUUUCUUUUUUUCCCUGUGAUUUUUUUCGGCACUGGUCUGUGAUGUUAUCAAAUAUAUAAUUAAGUCUCUUAAAUAAUUUGGCUUCUGUUUCAUGAUUUAUCAU